GGCCGUCAGUUCACGCCAAGAAACCGGACGGUUCAUGUCUCAGUUGCUGCGAAGCGUAUAAUCGAGCACGAAACAGAUUUGUUCAAGUGAUCGGUAAGGCUCGAGAUCCGCAACAUUUGACGCUGGGUUGUUGUUACUGCGGACUGUUCGCGGUGAUUGAAUUGAGUGGCUAACCUCGCCUGGUUUUCGCCAGCGUACAUAUUCUUAUCGGACAAGAUUUGCACUGAUAAUGGAGGCUGAACUAGCUAAUACGACCAGUGGUGGGAUCCCGUGGAACGAUGACGAGAUUACCUGGUCCCCGACGAACCCGCCAUUCACACCCGAGGAGGAAGAUGCUAUGGUCAGCAUAAUUGUAAUAGUAAUCGGUGUAAUCAUUGCUGUGAUCGGACUCUUUUCAAUGGGGAUUUUCAUUGAUUGCAGACACCAGAAAUCAGAUUCGGCAAAACGAAGGAGACCAUUGAGGCUCAAAAUGCCGCCUGUGGGGCGAAGGAGGGGCGACAGGAGGCUUAAAAACGAGGAUGACAGGUCUAUCGCAACGGAUAUGUGCACGAAUGGCACGAGUGAUCCGGGGCCACAUGACUUCGUCAAUAUAGUUUGAUCGGAGCUGAAAACUAAGGUCGUUAUCGAAGACCUGAACGAUAUAUUUAAUGUGUCUAAGAAUGGAAAUUAUAUUUUUUCUACCACAUUUUGAAGCCUAGAUUCUGCAUUGAGACGAGUCGGAUGGUCAUUGUUGUAAAAAUCAAGUUAUUUAACGGUGUUUUCUAUAAUUUGAUAUUGAAAAACGUUAAUUUGUCCAGUGGCAACAAUUUUUCUGAAAAAUACUCGAUUAAAAACAAUUUGAUUAUAAGAUAGAUAGACAUAUUGUGACUAACAGCUGUUAAAUUACUUAUCAUAUUUUACCGUCAAUUUUCUUUAACGAUUCGAAUAACCCGUCGAACAUUUUAUGAUAGACUGCACGGUGCCAGUUUU